CAGGAGGGUCUGUAUACCUAUGUGAGCUCUUCCUUGGGAGAUGUCCAACGUUUCCAGUUACGCGCUUCGAAUGGCCCGGCUGAGUGCUCAGAUAUUUGGAGAAGUUGUCAGGCCAACUGACUCAAAAUCCAUGAAAGUAGUGAAGUUAUUCAGCGAGCAGCCUCUGGCCAAGCAGAAGGAGGUCUACAGCUGGUAUCCUCCUCACAACACCUACUAUGCCCUCAUGAAGAAACUCCGUUACUUUGGUCUCUACAGGGAUGAGCAUCAGGACUUCAAGGAGGAGAUGAGGCGACUGAAAAAGCUCCGUGGGAAGGAAAAACCAAAGAAGGGGGAAGGAAAGAGAGCUCUCAAGAGGAAAUAGUGACACUUGGACAAUGUAACGAACUACUCUGGAAAUGC